AUACCAGCUGUCGGUGGGUCUGUGAGGUCCCUGAAGCUGAAAUAUCCUACACUUUCAAAAUGAGUUUGCAGGUUCUCUGACUGUCAUUUCAGAAAAAGUUUUCAGAAUGCAUCAGUAGGAGACAUGAGGUUUAUUAGAGAUAUAGGAUGCACUCAAGAGCAGAGUGUGAGUGCACAAAGAAAUGAGAACACCUUACGAGCUAGGGUAGGGCACAUUUUAAAGGGAUGUCUUCAACACACAUCGCUGGGCCAUCCAAAUGCCCAGAUGCCCUUUGUCCAGAUGAGCCCUGGUGUGGAUCAAUCAGCAUGAUGUGUCUGGGGUCAGUCAGGUUGAGUUUGCUGUUUGAAGUCCAGAGAAAUAACCACCUUGUACACAUCAGAUCAGCUGAGUCAUCAGGCUGGGCCACUAUAAAAGGGCAGUGGAGGGUGAGCCAUGCCUGUAGCCACUGCCUGUCCCAUGAACUCCACACCUGAGCUUCUUGCUGAGGUGAUCAAAGGGAAGAAAGCCAGGCUCUCCUGCAGGUUAGGGCAGUAAAGUCAUUCUGUCCAGAAAGGGAAAGUGGAGCCGUGAUCUGCAGGGGUGUGGACUGCUCAAAACAAGUGCGAAGGGCAGAUCGGACUUUCAGGUGGAAGCAAGAAGAACGUAACGAAGACAGCCCGGAACAGUAGUUCUCCAGAAUCUCCUGCACUGUACUGAAAGUGUGGAGAGGAGCCCCCGGGAGCCUGUGGAGCAGGCCAGCCCAUCCCAUCCGCACCCCUGCCCAGUGUGGUGCCAGUUUUCAUGGCUUACUAGGAUCGUGGGAGUCAUGUGGCUGGAAAUUCUCCUCGCCUCCGGGCUGGGCUUCCUCAUCUACUGGUUUGUGUCCCGGGACAAGGAGGAGACUUUGCCGCUUGAAGAUGGUUGGUGGGGCCCAGGGGCAAAGCCCACAGUCAGGGAGGACGAGAGCAUCCUGCCUUUCAAGGUGGAGACCUCAGAGGAGGAGAUCAGGGACUUACACCAGAGGAUUGAUAGGUUCCGCCCAACCCCGUCAUUGGAGGGCAGCCGAUUCCACUAUGGCUUCAACUCCAAGUACCUGAAAAAGAUCCUGUCCUACUGGCGGAAUGAAUUUGACUGGAGGAAGCAGGUAGAGAUCCUCAACAAGUACCCUCACUUCAAGACAAAGAUUGAAGGGCUGGACAUCCACUUUGUCCAUGUGAAGCCCACACAGCUGCCCUCAGGCUGUAGCCCAAAGCCCUUGCUGAUGGUGCAUGGCUGGCCCGGCUCCUUCUACGAGUUUUAUAAGAUCAUCCCGCUCCUGACGGACCCAAAGAGCCACGGCCUAAGUGAUGAACAUGUGUUUGAAGUCAUCUGCCCCUCCAUCCCUGGCUACAGCUUCUCAGAGGCAUCCAGCAAGAAAGGCCUGAAUUCAGUGGCCACUGCCAGGAUCUUUUACAAGCUGAUGCUUCGGCUGGGCUUCCAGGAAUUCUACAUUCAGGGAGGAGACUGGGGGUCCCUGAUCUGCACCAACAUGGCCCAGCUGGUGCCCAGCCACGUGAAGGGCCUGCACUUGAACAUGGCAUUUGUUUUAAGAAGUACUCACACUCUGGCCCCUCUCCUGGGCCGGCGUAUCGGGGGGCUUCUUGGCUACACCGAGAGAGAUAUGGAGCUGCUGUCCCCCUUCAAGGAAAAGGUUUUCUACAGCAUCAUGAGGGAGAGCGGCUACAUGCACAUCCAGGCCACCAAGCCAGACACUGUGGGGUGUGCUCUGAAUGACUCUCCUGUGGGACUGGCUGCCUACAUCCUGGAGAAGUUUUCCACCUGGACCAAUGCAGAUUUCCGAGACCUGGAGGACGGAGGCCUGGAGAGGAAGUUCUCCCUGGACGACCUGCUGACCAACAUCAUGCUCUACUGGACAACAGGGUCCAUCGUCUCCUCCCAGCGCUACUAUAAGGAGAACCUGGGCCAGGGCCUAAUGACCCAGAAGCAUGAGUGGAUGAAGGUCUCUGUGCCCACUGGCUUUGCCGCCUUCCCCUGCGAGUUACUGCACCUCCCUGAGAGGUCGGUGAGAGCCAAGUACCCCAAGCUCCUCUCCUACUCCUACAUGGCCCGUGGGGGCCACUUCGCUGCCCUGGAGGAGCCCGACCUGCUGGCCCAGGACAUCCGCAAGUUUGUGACACUGGUGGAGCAGCAGUGACAUGCUGGAUGGAGCGUGGCCUCCCUAGCCGACAGCCCCUCCUGCUUGCUCUUGAGGCUGCUGUCCCGAACCCCAGCCUUGAACCCAACCCUAAACCAUGAAGGCCCAGUCCCGACCCACCCUCAGCCCAUUCCCCUGUGAAGCCACACACUCGGAUGAUAAAUGAUGUCACUUCUCAGAA